AUGGCAGGAUCCGACCCGUCCCGAGACUUGGCUGAGUCAAGAUUCAGCAACCAGCCAUCGUGCAGAGUAGGUUCCAGGCAAAAGCGCUGUCCCGUCAAGCACCUCAAGACCUCAAGCGCGCUCAGCAAACCGGCGGGCGCCGGCGGUGACCGCGCGGCGCAGCAUCUCCCGCCAGAGCCCACAGCACAUGCGCAGUCAGACCCUCCGGCGGCCGCUCAGCUCCUCCCCUCGGAGACCCGCGCAGGCGCAGUCGGGGCGCCGUCGCUGAGCCAGCUACUUUUCCUCUCGCGGGUGCCGGGUCGUUGGUUUGCCAAGUGCAGUUGGGCCCGGCAGGUGCUGAAGGGUUGGGGUCGUGGACCCCCGCCAGGUCUCAGCAGCACGGAGGUGCAGGCUGUCGCCGAGGGCGCGGGGCUGGGCGCCGCUAGCGGUGCGCUCCGCCCCGGGGCCCCCGCCCCUGCCCCCGGCCAGGCCCGGCCUCCAGCCCCCGUCCCAGCCGCGGCCUCGCAGUUCACCCUGCUGGUGAUGCGCCCCUGUGGAGGGCCGGACGAGGCUGCGGCCGAGGGCGUCCUGCGGCAGGUUCCGGCCCUGGGGGGCAGCGCAGGGGCGGGCAAGCCCGUUCGGUACCUGUGCGAAGUGGCUGGGGAUGGCGAGGAGGAGGCGGGGGAAGACGAGACAGACCUGCUGGACACUUCGGACCCCCCUGGGGGAGGCGAGAGCACGGCUAGUUUGGAGGAUCUGGAGGACGAGGAGACCCACUCUGGGGGAGAGGGCGGCAGUGGUGGAGCCCGGAGACGGGGCAGCGGCGGGGGCAGCAUGAGCAAGACCUGCACCUACGAGGGCUGCAGCGAGACCACGAGCCAGGUGGCCAAGCAGCGCAAGCCGUGGAUGUGCAAGAAACACCGCAACAAGAUGUACAAGGAUAAGUACAAGAAGAAGAAAAGCGACCAGGCCCUGAACUGCGGUGGGGCCGCCCAGGCUGGCAGCGCAGGAAAUGUCAAACUUGAGGAAAGUGCAGAUAAUAUACUCUCCAUUGUUAAACAGAGAACAGGAUCUUUUGGGGAUCGACCUGCAAGACCUACUCUUUUAGAACAAGUGUUAAAUCAGAAAAGACUGUCAUUACUAAGAAGUCCAGAAGUGGUGCAGUUUUUACAGAAACAGCAACAGCUAUUAAAUCAGCAAGUUUUGGAGCAAAGACAACAGCAGUUUCCAGGAACAUCAGUGUGAGCGAAUUUAUCAAGAAGUCCUACACAUUUUUUAUCGUAUUGUAGUGGAUGGACAUAUUUUUAUACUAAAGAUAAAUGGGGUAAGGUUUGCCAGUAGAAGGUAAACAGUCAUUUUCCUGUGACUGUAUGUGUGCAUUUGGGGACAAAUAAGUAUUGCACAUUGUGCAUCUAAUCCUUUCAGAUCACUGUGGAUUUGAAGAAAUCAGCUUAUCUUUCCAAAGUAAUAUUUAAUUACAAAGUUUUUUUAAACAAAAUGUUUCUCUUCAGUCAUUGUUACUGAAGGUAAUGAAGCAGUUGCUUUCUGUGGAAGUCACGAAGUUAAUAGAUAUUAAUCUUGAAUCAUCUAACUCAGUGAUUCUCAUCAAGGGGCAGUUGGAAACAUAUGGGUAUGUUUUUGCUUGUCACGGCGACCUUGAAAACUGCUGGUUUUUAGUGAAUGGAACAGGAAUGCUAGGUGUCUGGAAUGGUCCUCCACAACUAAGCAUUAUGUUACACGCAAUGCCAAUAAUCCCCCUGUUAAGAAACACUGAGAGCUACUUGUGAUGAUAAAAUGUAGUUGGGGCACCUAGAACUGGGUUCUCGUAAUAACCUUUUCUUUGCACUUAAGACUGGAGCUGUCAAAGAGUUAAGCAUAUUUUCUCUGUAUAAGGAAAGUGAUCAUUGUUAAAUAGCUGUGAGAUUAGGAUGUGCAUCUCCUUUCAGAGAUGUGCUGGUAAAACCCGAGAGGGAUUAACCAAGUACCCUGGAAUGAGUGCAUCUCCUGAAGUUGGCUUCUCUACUUCUUGUUACCUAUUAGUGUUGAUCUCAUUUAAAACAGACACUCUUGUGUGUUGAAUUUGUGAACAGUACAAAUGUACCUCAUCCCACCAACGUCAGGACAAAAUUACUUUUUUAUACUCAUUUCUUUUUAAAAAAGAGAUCCUGAAUGUAAGAAUAAUACUCCAGCAUUUUGUCAGUGUUUUUCAAAAUUGAGCUAUUUUAAGAUUGUGUUAUUCCUAAGUAAUGUUCAAAGAGUGAUGGGUAAUCUGGAUAGAUACUUUUUUCUUGUAUUUUCUCCUAGGAAAACUUAAAAGGCAAAGCUUACCAAUAAGAGUAUCAAAUCAAAUGUCAAGAAAGUAUUUCCAGUGUUAGGACAAUAAAUGCAUGUGCCUCAAGUUAAACUGUGCAAAAAUUUGUUAGUUUCUUGGGUUUUAAGCUCUGCAAUAUAUAUCAAGUUAAACUUAGUCAUGGCUGUUCUAAGAUGUACUUAAGGAGAGAAGGAAUCUUUAUGUUCAUUUUUUAUGUUUUAUACCUGCAUAUCUGUGCAAAAAUGCUCUUACCAGAAUUAUUCAUUAAAG